GCGUCUUCCUUCUCACGGCCGGAGCAUUGUGGUGGGUACUGUGACCGCGGAAUGUUUAGUGCAGCAGAACCUAACGAUGUCCUUCACUAGAUUCCUUUUUCACAGCCCAAUCAACCAAUUGCGACAUAUCCCUGGCAGAAUCGAGUGUUUACAUGCUGUGGGAUAUAAUUUGAGCAGAAGCGAGGUGGUGCGGGUGGUUGUGUGCAAGUUUGGGGAUUAUCAUCGAAAUCUCUCAAUCACGUUACUAGUUUGAAGGUUAUGGUGUUUGGGCAGAUUGUGAUCGGGCCCGCGGGCUCCGGGAAGACUACCUAUUGCAAUGGCAUGGCUCAAUUCCUUCACCUGAUUGGCAGAAAGACUGCAGUCAUCAAUCUGGAUCCGGCAAAUGACAACCUCCCAUACGAGUGUGCCGUCAACAUUGAAGACCUUGUCAAGCUGGAGGAUGUGAUGUCUCAGUACGAUCUUGGACCAAAUGGAGGACUUGUUUUCUGUAUGGACUAUCUUGAGAAGAACUUAGAUUGGCUGCAGGAGAAGCUUCGACCGCUUAUUAAAGACCAUUAUCUUAUAUUCGACUUCCCUGGCCAAGUGGAGCUUUUUACGCUACAUUCAAAUGCAAAGAACGUGAUAUUAGAAAUGGCGAAUAAGUGGGACUAUCGGCUCACAGCGGUUCAUCUAGUAGAUGCCCACCUAUGCAGCGAUCCUGGGAAAUACGUAUCUGCGCUUCUGGUAUCUUUGUCUACUAUGCUUCACUUAGAGCUUCCACAUAUCAACGUGUUGUCGAAGAUUGAUUUGAUUGAAAGCUACGGCAAACUUGCUUUUAAUUUGGACUUCUACACUGAUGUUCAAGACCUCUCUUAUCUCCAAGGGUAUUUGGAUAGUGAUCCAAGAUCGGCCAAGUAUAGGAAGUUGACGAAGGAGUUAUGUGAAGUUGUAGAGGACUAUGGUCUUGUGAGCUUUACAACAUUAAAUAUACAGGAUAAGGAAAGCGUGAUGGAUCUUUUGAGGAUAAUUGACAAAAGCAACGGCUAUGUCUUCAGAGGAAUUGAGGGUAACAUCAACGAGUUCAACAAACUGGCUGCUGCCCCCACCAAGUGGGACUACGAUAGGACGAUGGCCAUUCAAGAGAUGUAUAUGAGGGACGAUGACGAUGUUAACGAUUCUGACACUCCUCGGUAGGGGGUGUACCCUAAGGUCGCAUUUGUGAAGUGUGGAGUGACUAGACUUGCAGCACAAAAUAGCCCUUUAGAAAGUGAUGUACAAAGUGGUAAUUAGAAGGAUGAAUGAACGUAUGCCAGUGUCGGAUUCUUGGAAAAUAUCGGUUUCAACAUAACUGAAUUUCCACGUGGUUAGAAACAAAUGUCUGUUGACAAGGCUGCCUGCUUCUCCGUAAUAAACUAUUUUUUGCUAACAUUUCUCCAUCUUAUUUA